UAGUUUUACAGGGUUAUGCAUUACGAGAAUAGCUUUAUUUUUAAUAUAUGUGUGCAAGCACUUGUGUGAUCAUGGAAGGAAGAUUAUCAGGUUUGAGGAAAGGAGCAUGGAGUCAAACUGAAGAUGAGCUUCUCAGAGAAUGCAUGCAACUCUAUGGGGAAGGAAAAUGGCACCUUGUUCCUCAAAGAGCAGGGUUGAACAGAUGCAGGAAGAGUUGUAGGCUGAGAUGGUUGAACUAUUUGAAACCAAAUAUCAAGCGAGGUGAUUUUAGUGAAGAUGAGGUCGAUUUGAUCAUCAGAUUGCAUAAGCUUCUGGGGAACAGGUGGUCUCUGAUCGCAGGAAGACUUCCGGGAAGAACUUCGAACGAUGUGAAGAAUUACUGGAACACCAACAUGCGCCGCAAAGUACAAUCUCACAGCAAAGAUGAGGAGAACAACAACAAGAACAACGUGAAAGAAUCCGAAAGAAGUUGGAAACCCCACCACCAAGUGAUAAAGCCUGUGCCUCGAGCUUUGCCAAAAGCAUCACCCUUGGUGCAAAGGCAAUUCAUGAGUUGUUCGAAAGUUGGAGUUAGUGAAGCUGUUUCAGCAGGCUCUGAGAAUUGGUGGGAAACUCUGUUAGAUGAGAAGGAAGAUAACAUUGCAGUUAACGACAGCACGUGCUUCCCACGUGCAAAAGAUGGAUCCUUUGAACUUUGGAAUGAAGAACUUGGUUCCAUUGCUUCUGAGUUUCUUGAAGAAGGUGAAACAUGGAGCGAUUUUCUUCUUAAUUAACCUACCACAUUCGCCAUCUCUCUCAUGCCUUUCUUUCCAUAGGAAGGCACUUCAAUUAGUUCAAACUUAGGUUUCAUUUACUUUAGAAAAUAAGUUCUUGCUAGAUGCACUGGUCAAGAAAUUAAAAAAAAAAAUUGAUUUUUUGGAAAUUAUGAAAGAAAGAUGCACAAAUGCAUUUUUUAUGAACAUAAAAAAGAUUUUUUUAAUUAUUUAACCAGUGCUUUAUUCUAUUUGAAAAAAAAAUUACGCUUUUUAAUUGUAGUGGAUAUUGUCGGUAGAUGUAUAUUUAAUUUGGAUUUUCGUAUUCGCAGUUGGU